GUUGUCAUUCUUGGCAUUGCUGUGCUGACCCAAACAGAACCAAUUCGAUCACCGAAAGCUCAUCGAGGGCACAAGAAUCUGAUGAAAUCAACGGCCGGCCCACGAGAGUGUAUAAAAUUGACUAAUGCGCACAAGAAUCCACGAAACCCGGCUGCGCCGGCGAAGAAUCAGGCCCACGAUCCGCCGCGAAAGGUGGAACUAGCUCGUUGGAGCGCAUAUCGCGUGGAGUAUAAAGACGCAAGCAGAUCUGAAGGAAGCAGGAGCAGAACCACGGCUGGCCUCACGCCGGGAACCAGCUGCGGGCGUGCGGCUGAGGCGGCCGCAGCUCAGCUGGCACGACGCCAGUACGAAUGGAUGGCGACGGCGAUGGCCGCUCGGUAAUGGCCGUGGUAGGACUAGGCGUGCUCGGCUGCAACUCCGCCGUGGCCGUCUACAGGUCGUGGGGCGACCCGGCCUCGGUCGGCUUCGUGGUCGCCGCCGACGCGGCGCUGCUGCUGCUCCUGCAUUUCCUGCGCCGGUUCGAGCGUGCGCGGCCUAGGGACGACGGCGGCAGGGGCAGGGCGAAGGCCGCUGUCUGGGCGCUCACCACGCUGCUCACGGCGAUGUUCGCCUCGCGCGUGGCGCCGAUGAUGCCGCCGCACGUCGGCCUCGCCGUCUGGGUGGCGGCUGUGGCGACGGCCGGCGGCGGGUUCUGGGCGUUGUUUAUUCAUUAGUUUUUUGAGGUCAGGAGUCAGGACUCAGGAGGUGACAAGGGAACGUGCUGGUCUGCUGGGGCAGCUCAACUUGGUCCAUCUGUGUCGUCACGUAGAUUGGCCUUGGCAAAAGCAUGUGUCGCAAUUUUCAGUUUGGAGGGAAAUUUUUUGUAGUGGGGUUUUCAGAACUUUGGGCCAAAAUUUUGUGUCACGGAAUUGAGGAAAAGUUUCCGACUAAGAGCUAGUUUGGGAACCCGUUUUCUCACGGGAUUUUUAUUUCUAAAGAGAAAUUAGUUUAUUUUUCCUUAAAAAUAGGAAUCCCUUGAUAAAAUAUAGUUUCCAAACUAGUACUAAACUUUGUGGAACAAUA